AUGGUCAAUACGCAUAAAUUAGCUGACGAUGUUCUUCAGCUAUUAGAUAACUGUAUUGAAAAAAAUUAUAGGGUUUGUGUCGUCCUGGUCGGCUCUCCAGGCUCUGGUAAGUCAACUAUUGCAGAAGAACUCUGUCAAAUUAUUAAUGAAAAAUAUAACAGCUUUCUGUCGAAGCAUCCACAUAUCAUUCAAGUUAUUGAUCAACAGAAACCUAUAGUUGACUUGGUAGGUUCUUUAAGAACGCUUCAGCCAAAUAAAGUAGCUUAUAUGAGUGAACAUCAGGGACUGUUAAGAGAACAUGUUGAGGACGUCAAUUUCUCACCAGUUAAGUACCCAGAUCUUACACCAGAUAAGAGAGAAUGUACCACAGUAGUUGGGAGGGGGGGUAAUGCAAAUGCUAUCAGAAUUGCUGCAGUUAACAAUCCAAUAAAUGUCAAUCAAUUGGCUCAGAAUAGUAUCAACAUCGCGCAAAUAGUUCCAAUGGAUGGAUUUCAUUUAUCUCGGAAGUGUCUAGACUUAUUUGAGGACCCAGAAACAGCUCAUAAAAGAAGAGGUUCGCCUUCGACGUUUGAUAGUAACAAUUUCCUGCAACUGUGCAAAAUUUUAGCUGAGACGUCCCUCUGUAAAGUUUCUUCUCAUGAUAAGUCCUACUCAACGUCCAAUGUUUUUGGAAAGUUAUCCAAAACUUUUAGUCAAGCCGUUCCCGAUAUCUUUAUUCCAGGAUUUAACCAUGCUUUAAAGGACCCAACUCCGGACCAGUACUGCAUUUCCAAGUUUACAAGGAUUGUUAUAUUCGAGGGGCUUUAUUUACUUUAUGACCAAGAAAACUGGAAGGAAAUAUACCAAACAUUAGCUAAUACGGGAGCCCUUCUUGUUUACAAGAUUGAUAUUGACUAUGAGGUUACCGAGGAAAGGGUGGCCAAAAGGCAUCUGCAGUCAGGCUUGGUGACGACCAUUUCAGAAGGGCGGGAAAAGUUCCGCAGCAAUGAUUUAUUGAAUGGAAAGGAUAUAGACAGCCAUUUGAUUAAGCUUGAUAAUGUUGUCCAUAUUCGGAAUGACUAG